AUGGCUUAUUUGUUAUUAUACGUGGAUGAUAUCAUUUUGACGGCUUCUUCGGAUACCUUGCUUACAAACAUUAUUCAGCUACUCUCUCGAGAGUUCGCCAUGACAGAUUUGGGCACCUUACAUCAUUUUCUAGGCAUCUCGGUAAAGCGUGAUGCUCAAGGGUUAUUUUUAUCUCAGUCACAGUAUGCCCGCGACAUUUUACAUCGUGCCAAUAUGACGGAUUGUAAACCGUGUACCACACCUGUCGACAUAGCUUCUAAACUCAGCGCUGCAGAUGGAAACUUAUUAUCUGAUGGUUCUCUUUAUCGAAGUCUAGCAGGGGCACUUCAGUAUCUCACAUUCACCAGGCCCGACAUAUCCUAUGCCGUCCAACAGGUCUGUUUAUUCAUGCACACACCACGUGAACCGCAUUUUGCCUUCUUGAAACGGAUUCUGAGGUACAUCAAGGGCACUCUAGAUUACGGAUUGCGGCUCACGGCUUCUUCAACGUCCUCCCUCAUUGCAUACUCAGACGCUGACUGGGCUGGCUGCCCUGACUCCAGACGAUCCACGUCCGGGUAUUGUGUGUUCCUCGGCAACAAUUUAAUUUCAUGGUCGUCUAAACGACAACCUACUGUUUCUCGAUCUAGUGCUGAGGCUGAGUAUCGCGGAGUGGCCAACGCUGUAGCCGAAACUAGCUGGCUGCGUAAUUUAUUAUUGGAAUUACAGGUUCCUGUUUCUCGUGCCACUAUUGUUUAUUGUGACAAUAUCUCAGCUGUCUAUUUGUCUGACAAUCCUGUUCAACAUCAACGGACAAAACAUGUGGAACUCGAUAUCCACUUCGUUCGAGAAAAGGUCCGUCUAGUUCUCCAUGUACCCUCCUUCUAUCAGUAUGCCGAUAUCUUUACGAAGGGUCUCAGGAGACAACUGUUUGAAAGCUUCCGUUCUAGUCUGACCGUUUGUUUACACUCCCGCUCAAACUAA